CCAAAAAAGACACACAUUUCUUCACUGUUAAUUAAAAUCUUUGCUUUUGCUCAGUUCAGUCUUUUGUUUUUCUUUCUCUUUCCAGUCAACGCAGAGUUACACUCUCUCUUUCUCCAGCUCUUGGAAAAUGGAUAGCCAAGAUCCCAGAAAGAACCCUACACACACACCAGGGCAUGAGAGCCAUGGAGUUUAUGUCUGUCACAAAUGUGGGUGGCCCUUUCCAAACCCACAUCCAAGUGCAAGACACAGGCGUGCACACAAGAAGAUCUGUGGAACUCUUGAAGGAUACAAGUUUGUUGACUCUGAGGAGACUCCACUCUCGGCCCUUUCUGACGAUGACCAUGGUUCUGAUGAAGAUCCUAAAACCCCUAGUCCAAAAGGUUUGGAGAGAGGUAUUAACGAGAAGGGUUGUGGUGGGGUAGGGAGCAGAUCGAAUAGAUCAGAAGAUGAUGUUUUUACGGAUGCUAUUGCCGAAUUUCCUGAAAGCGGAUCUAGUCCGGUGACUGGAGAGCAUACAAGGGAUGUUAAAGAACCAGAAAUUAACCUGGAAAUCAAUAAAGCCACUGCUCAAUCAUCCGAGGAUGGUUCAAUUACUGUUAUCAGCCCACCUCCAAGCAAUUCAGCUGACCACAUCCAAAUGCAAAGUACUGAAGUUCCAGUAAUUAAUCUGUCUGGAAGUGCUCAAGAGUCCCUGGAUCAUGGCUCGAAUGCUACCAUUGCCUCCAUGACCAGAUCUUUAACAGAUUGUAGAGGUGAAGAAUCUGACUUUGAGCAUAGCCAUGAUAACGGAAGUUCUGCAUGGGAUUCAAUCCCCAUCAAACUUGAAACACAAACAGAUGCAUCACAAGAGAAUAAGAAGAGUGGCACUGUCGAGGAUUUGCCAGAGACUGAUGCAAAAGGAAAUGAAGAAACUAAAUUAGAUGGACAGCUACUGGAUGUAGUGGUUUCAACGGAUGACAAUGCAGAGGAUGCAUCUGAGUCACAGAAGAUGGAGGAUGUAACUUCACAGCCUGUGCCUGCUGCAGAAGUCCUUCAAUUGAAGGAAGGAGGCUAUACUGAUGAUUUAGCCUCUGGAAUGUCUUUAAAUGAUCUCUCCCCUGAAGUUAAUUUGGCUGAACCUGCGCAUUCUUCUAUUUCCACUGCUCAGAUCGAGGGGGAUACUCAAGAAAUCGACUCUGCUGUUUAUGUAAAUUCAGCUGUGAGUUAUGAUAAUAAGGGAGAAGGAAAUGGAAAUAUGCAUGUGCUGAUAGUUCCCAAUGACUUAACUUUAGUUGCUGAUGCUGAGAACAUGGUUAAAGGUUUUAAAGACCUUGAAGGAGGGAAAUUGCCCCAACUUAUGAACAUGGAUUCGUUUGAAGUAUCUAACAAUGUUAAGGAUUCUGACCUUAAGAACAAUCCUCAGGGUUUUAACUCAAGGCCAUUGACUGAGGACACCGAAGUCUCUGCAUCCAAUAUGCAUGUUUUGAAUGAUAACCUUGAACCAAAAGAUGGGACCAGCCAGCAUAUUGUUGAAUUGCCUGAUGAAGCAGAAGCUGAUAUGCCCCAGAGAUCAGAAGUUGGUGUAACAGAUGUUGUGACGGGUGACUUGGAGAAGAGCAUUUCUGUUCACUCUCCUGAAGAAGAUGUACCUCGUGAUCAUUGUGAAACUUCAUCUCUGACGAGUUCUAUAGAGCAUGCUACAAAAGCCACAUCUGAUACUAACACUGUGGUUGUGCCAAUGGAUGCUGAGGUUAGGCAGACAAACUUAAUUGGCAUGGAUGAUACUGGUAAUGAUGAAAAAGAUAAAAUUGAAAGUUCUGAAGUAGGUGAAAAUGACAAAAACAAAAGAAAUACAAAGGAGAGUUUUGCAGAAAACAGGAUACCAACUUCUAAACAUGCUAGUAUUUCCUCUGAGCAAGCUGAUCAAAGGAACAGCGUACUUGGAGAUGUCAAAGCUGCUGGUCUUGAAGAGGGUAAAAUAGAAAGAUGCAAUGCGUCUGAAAUUGUAACUGAAGGUGAUUCUGUAUCUGGAUUGGGGGAGGAAAAUCUCUUGAGGGAGCCAAAAUCAACACCUGAAUCUGCUGUCAAUGUCGAAUCCUGUUUUACCUCAGAGAAUGAUAUUAAUGUGUGUGAGGGAAGGUUGCCACAACUUGCUAGUAUUCCCUCUGAACAAGCUGAUCAAAGGAACAGCGUACUUGGAGAUGUCAAAGCUGCUGGUCUUGAAGAGGGUAAAAUAGAAAGAUGCAAUGCGUCUGAAAUUGUAACUGAAGGUGAUUCUGUAUCUGGAUUGGGGGAGGAAAAUCUCUUGAGGGAGCCAAAAUCAACACCUGAAUCUGCUGUCAAUGUCGAAUCCUGUUUUACCUCAGAGAAUGAUAUUAAUGUGUGUGAGGGAAGGUUGCCACAACUUGCUAGUAUUCCCUCUGAACAAGCUGAUCAAAGGAACAGCGUACUUGGAGAUGUCAAAGCUGCUGGUCUUGAAGAGGGUAAAAUAGAAAGAUGCAAUGCGUCUGAAAUUGUAACUGAAGGUGAUUCUGUAUCUGGAUUGGGGGAGGAAAAUCCCUCGAGGGGGCCAAAAACAACACCUGAAUCUGCUGUCAAUGUCGAAUCCUGUUUUAUCUCAGAGAAUGAUAUUAAUGUGUGUGAGGGCAAGUUGCCACAACAUGAACACACUGAUAUAGGUGGAGUUUUGGAUCCUCAGGAAAGCAGAAAGGAACCUGAAAGCAAUGGUAUGGCCAAUCAACUAGUUGAGCGUGCUGGUGAAGUUAGUGCAGCUGCUGAAUCAUAUAGUGGUGGAGAUGCUGAGGUAUUAUGGAAGUCUUCUGAAGACAAGAUGGUGAGAGAGCCUCUAGUUUCUCGUUCAGAACCUUCAUCUUCCCUUCAAAAUUCUUCCCCUGUUGCAGAUAAUCAGGCCAAAGAUUUUCUUGGAGUUGCAUCUGGGAACACACCUGAGUCUUUGCCUGAUGAAGGUGAUAAUAACUUAGUUACACAACAGGUUGUUGCAUCUGCUACUGACUUUUCAGUUGAUUCAAUUAGCCAAACUGAUAGUUUGGAAGGUCACUGGGGUUCCGUUUCAGUGCUUUCUACCCAAUCGGAUAUACCAGCUAUUCUUGAUGCUGAGCCUUUGCCAUCAAAUGGUUCCCAAGCAUUAUCAGAAGCAGAGAAAGCCACCUUGAAGAAGCCGAUAGCUGCUUCUGAGACAGAACAUGCUGAUAAAUCAGAUAUUUUUGAUCCCCCAUCUUUCAUGACAUUGGUUGAACCUAGAGAUGUGGUUAACCAGAAAGCUGCUGCAUCUGAAAUCCAGACAACAGGGAACCCACAACAGCCAAAAGCUGCUUCUGUACAAGCUGGUUGGUUUCCUUCCAUUACCAAUGUUUUGAGUGAGUCGCAGGGGAGAAAAAAGAACGAAGAGAUUAUUGCCAAGGUCACAAACUGGAGCACCGGGGAACAACACCCUUCUCUGAGGAGCCCACAACAUACUCCUUUAAAGAGCCUUUUAGGCGAGGCAAGUAUGGAAACCAAAUCCAAGGCACUAAAUGCCAAGGAAAUCCCAGUUGAAAAGGAUGGUUUCGCAGCUAAAGAUAACGGUGCUUUGCCUAAAACAGUGAGCUCCAUUCUGGCUCCUCAAGAACCUGUAGGUGAGCCUGCCAUGGUGGAAGAGAAAGCAUGGAGUUCUCCAGCAAGGUAUCCUGCAGAUAUUAAGAGAGAGAAGAGGAAAGUCAGGGGAAGACCAUACUGGGCACAAUUUGUUUGCUGCUCAUCUGUAAAUUAGCAUAGUUAAUGCAUUAGCUAUAUAAUAUAGGAAUGAUGAUGCAUGUGGGAUUUACCCCACCGAACUAGCUAUAGUAAAGACUAUAUUAAAUCUGGACAUUGCUAUUGUUUUUUAGUAGAUAUUUUUUAAAUGAUGUAGAGAUUGAUUCAA